CCUCCCUGUUGUGGGCGGAGCCACUGCCCUGGCAGGAGAGGGACAGAGAGAAUGGAGAAGAACGGGCCGGUUGSACCCACAGGAUUCCCCGAACUUAAGAAUGAUUCUUUCCUCCGCGCAGCACGAGGGGAAGAGACAGAAUACACCCCAGUUUGGUGCAUGAGACAGGCAGGAAGGUACCUCCCAGAGUUCCGUGAAACCCGAGCUGCUCAGGAUUUCUUUGCAACUUGUCGGUCACCAGAGACAUGUUGUGAACUCACUUUGCAGCCUUUGCGACGUUUUCCUCUUGAUGCUGCCAUCAUUUUCUCAGACAUCUUGGUGGUGCCUCAGGCAUUGGGCAUGGAAGUGGUGAUGGUGCCCGGCAAAGGGCCCACCUUCCCUGAGCCAUUGAAAGGUGUGGAGGACCUACUGAAGCUUCGCCAGAAAGUGGACGUGGCAGCAGAACUGGGCUAUGUCUUCCAGGCCAUCACAUUAACACGGCACAGAUUGGAAGGGAAGGUGCCUCUGAUUGGCUUCUCUGGCGCUCCAUGGACACUGAUGUCCUAUAUGAUUGAAGGUGGCGGCUCCAACACAAUGGCCAAAGCCAAGGCCUGGCUGUACCGUCAUCCUGAAGCCAGCCAUCGCCUGCUCACACUAUUAGCUGAUGUGAUUGUGGAUUACCUGGUAGGGCAGGUGGCUGCAGGUGCUCAGGCUCUGCAGCUUUUUGAGUCCCAUGCUGGACAUCUGGGACCGGAACAAUUUUCAGAAUUUUGUCUCCCAUAUAUCCAGUCUAUUGCCAAGCGAGUGAAAACUAAGCUGCGUGAAAAUGCCAUGCCUGUAGUUCCUCUGAUCAUCUUUGCCAAGGAUGCACACUAUGCACUGGAGGACUUGGCACAAUCUGGGUAUGAUGUGAUCGGCCUGGACUGGACAAUCCGUCCUGAGGAUGCUCGCCAACGUAUAGGAAAGGACAUUACCUUACAAGGGAAUUUGGACCCAUGUGCUCUCUAUGCCCCAAAGGAGAAGAUUGGGGAGCAGGUGAAAAAGAUGUUGGAAGGCUUUGGCACACAGAGAUACAUUGCGAAUCUGGGCCAUGGCCUCUACCCCGACAUGAGUCCAGAACAUGUGGGUGCCUUCGUGGAUGCUGUCCAUGCACACUCUCGCCAACUCAAUAAACAUAAUUAAAACUUUGGUGAGCAAGCUCUAUUAUGGAUGGAGGAGAAUGUACUGAUCAAACCAAGCAUAGGAAGAGUUGGAGCCGGCUGUGAUGGCUCCAACGUCAACAUCGAGGCACUGACAAGGGAAGGGUGUUGGAUUUUAGUGGCAUGCCAUUAAAACAUCCUGGUCUCCACUCA